GAUAACAUAACAUGAUCAGUAGCAAUAACGUGAGAGCAUGGACGGCCAGCCGAACGCGGAUUGGAAAAGUAGGAUUUCACACACACACAAACACAAACACACAUUUGUAGAGUUCUACGCACCUUCUUUGGAAACCACAGGUAGAAAGUUGAGUCUUAUUUAUGUAUGAACACAGUGCACACAACCAGAAGAGAAAGUUUAGAUAGGGAGAGGAAGGGACAGAAGACAGAUCGAGAGAGAGAGAGAGAGAGAGAGAGAGGGGAAAAGAGAAAUCCUUUUGUGAUUUAUCCUCUACUACUUUGUUCUUGUUCAUCAUUCAUCAAUUGUCGAAAUAAUGGUGAUGGGUAAGGAGAAGGAGAAAGAGAAGAAGAUGUUGGUAGUGGGAGUGUGGAACUUCGCUGCAGAGCUUAAACUUUUGUUAACAGCGCUUGUGAUUCUCUGCAGUUUGGCCACGCUUCUUCAGUUCCUCCCUUCUCGUUUCACCAUCUCCGCUUCCGAUCUCCGCUUCUGCAUCUCCAGGGUCGUCACCACCACCCAACCAGCUCUACCCCCCAUUUCAAUCUCCUCUGCAGCUGCUUCACUAGUGCUGGCAGCACCAACUUCUUCACCUUUACCUUCUCCGCCACCACCGCCACCACCACCGCCGCCGCCGCUUGAACAACAAGAUCAGAUGCUGGACAAUGGCGUCCUCAAGCGGGGCUUCCGUCCGUACGGUGCCGCGGCCUACACCUUCGUCACCAUGGGGGCUUACAGAGGAGGCCUCAACACCUUCGCCAUUGUGGGCAUAGCUUCGAAGCCCCUCCACUUAUACUCCAAGCCGACCUACCAGUGCCAGUGGGUCCCUCACCUCAACUCCUCCGAACCCAUCUCCGCCGUCGGCUACAAGAUCCUCCCGGACUGGGGCUACGGCCGCGUCUACACCGUCGUGGUCGUCAACUGCACCUUCUCCCAACCCAUCAAUGCCGACAACUCCGGCGGAAGGUUACUCCUCCUCGCCUCCACCUCCGGCGGCGGUGACCGCAACCUUAACGUCACCGACACCAUCCAUGCCUUGACAGAGUCUCCCAGAUCCUUGGAUUUCUCUGUGUUCACUUCCAGGCCCAAGUACGAUUAUCUAUAUUGUGGGUCGUCGUUGUAUGGCAAUUUGAGUCCCCAGAGAGUGAGAGAGUGGUUGGCGUACCAUGUGAGACUGUUCGGGGAGAGAUCGCAUUUUGUGAUACACGACGCGGGUGGCGUUCACGAGGAGGUUUUGGAGGUGUUGAGGCCGUGGAUGGAGAAGGGCUUUGUGACAUUGCAGGAUAUAACAGAGCAGGAGAGGUUUGAUGGGUACUAUCACAACCAGUUCAUGGUGGUCAAUGAUUGCUUGCACAGGUACAAGUUUAUGGCCAAGUGGAUGUUCUUCUUUGAUGUGGAUGAGUAUAUAUAUGUGCCUCCAAAGAGCACCAUCAAGUCCGUUCUCGAUUCGCUUUCGGAGUAUUCCCAGUUCACCAUUGAGCAGAUGCCCAUGAGCAGUAAGCUCUGCCUCUACGAACCUGCCGGCAGAACCUACAGGAGAUGGGGGUUUGAGAAGCUUGUAUACAGGGACGUGAAGAAAGGAAUUAGGAGGGACCGGAAAUACGCGGUGCAACCGCGCAAUGUGUAUGGAACAGGGGUGCAUAUGUCGCAAAACAUCGCAGGUAAAACAACACAUAAAACGGAGGGCCGGAUCAAAUAUUUCCAUUACCAUGGAACCAUAGCAACCCGACGCGAACCCUGCCGGAACCUGAUCAACUCGACAGAGAUCACCUUCGAGAAACUCCCUUAUGUUAUGGACACCACAAUGAGAGAUGUUGCUGGGUAUGUGAAGAAAUUCGAGCUCAAGAUGAUUGGAUCCAGGCUACAAAGGACACGGCAAUGACAGCAUAUUUUUGUUUUUUUCCUUAAUUCCAGCCCUUUUGGUCUCUCUCUCUCUCUCUCUCUUUUUUUUUUUUUAAUGGUUACAUUUGUAUGAUAGCUUGAAAUGGGGGAUGGUAUAGAUACGGUAGAGCAUGUUAUUAGGGAAAAAAGAAAGAGUAUAAUAGAGGUGGUGUGGAAUUCUUUUGUAUUUUUUAAUGUUCAUUGAUAACAUUUGUUGGUUU